CUGCCCUCGAAGAUGACUCUGCUUUUCCUUUCUGUUCCGCUGUUGGCGUCCAUUGUGCUCGUGCGCCGGCUAUUGCGUCCUGCGUCGCCGUUCCGAGAUAUUCCGGGACCAAGAGCUGUCAAUUGGGUCACAGGAAACCUCCUGCAGCUCUUCAACGCCAAAGGUCUUCGAUUCCAUCAUGAUCUGACGAGGCUUUAUGGUGACGUCGUGAAGAUAUGGGGUUUCUUUGGUGACGAACAACUGUACAUAUCCGAUCCGAAAGCACUACAGCAUAUUAUAGUGAAAGACCAAGAUGCCUUUGAAGAAACGACGACGUUCAUCGAGACGAACAAAGUAAUCUUCGGCGAAGGCCUCGUCGCGACCACAGGCGAACAACACAAACGCCAGCGCAGGAUCGUCGGUCCCGCGUUUUCGGUCAUGCAGCUGAGGAGGCUCGUCCCGGUGUUUUAUGAGGUUGCAAGGAGGUUGACCGAUGCGGUAUCGGACGAGAUCUCACAAGGCUCCGACCCUCUCGAUCUUACCUCAAGUCAAGGUGGACCGAACGGGUCGACUGAGAAGGAUGGAGAGCGCAACGAAGCGAUCCUGGACAUGUCACAAUGGAUGUCGCGCGCGGCUCUCGAAUCCGUCGGGCAGGGCAUCCUCGGGUAUUCGUUCGAUCCUUUGAACUCGCCGUCUACGAAUUUGUACACUAGGGCUGUGCGGGAACUUAUCCCCGCCCUCUUCUCCGUCUCCCUCAUUCGCCAAUUCGCCCCCUUCCUCUCCAGACUCGGGCCCCCCGCCUUCCGACGUAAAAUCGUAGAAUGGACUCCAAAUGAGACGGUACAGAAGAUCACGGAGAUGUCGGAUGUGAUGUACGGGACUGCGAGGGGGAUUUUGGAGGGGAAGAAGAGGCUUUUGAUGGAGGAAAAGGAGGUAGGAGGGGAGGAGGGGGAGGGGGAGAAGGAUAAGGAUACGGGGGAGAAUGGGGAGGAGGAUAAGAUGGAGAGGGAGGGGUUGAGGGAUGUUAUUAGUGGGCUGCUACGAGAGAAUCAGAACUCGAAAGGCGAGAAACAUCUGUCAGACGAGGAAGUCAUCGGUCAAAUGACAGUCCUCAUCUUCGGCGGCCAAGACACGACCUCCUCCGCGCUCUCCCGCAUCUUAUACAUGCUCGCCUCCCACCCGCACAUCCAAGCCAUGCUCCGCGCUGAACUCCGUGCGGCGCUUCCUGAUACGGUGAACGAUGGCGAGCUGGGAUACGAGCAGCUUUCGGGCCUGGUGUGGAUGGAUGCGGUGCUAAAAGAGACGUUGAGGUUGUAUCCGCCUGUUCCGUUCGUGCGCCGUGUAGCCACGCAAGACCGUACCAUCCCCCUCUCAACGCCCAUCAAACGUCCCGGCCACGAGCCUCUGACAGCACUCACUAUACCCACCGGCACGACUCUCUUCGUCGGCAUCGCGGCGGCCAACAGGGAUAGGUCGAUAUGGGGCGAUGAUGCACUGGAGUGGAAACCGGAGCGAUGGUUGACGGGGGCGGAGACGUUGAACAAUGGCAGCGAUCAAAGUUUACCUUUGCCAGCUACGACUGGUAUUAGUAUCAGUGUGAAUGGACCUGCGAAGGGCGAACGGCUUCCGGGGAUCUAUGCGGGGAUGCUGAGUUUCUUCGGAGGAGGGAGGUCCUGCGUUGGCUACAGGUUCGCGCAGCUCGAGAUCAAGAUAAUCCUCGCCAUUCUCCUCACACGAUUCUCGUUCUCGCUCACACCGAACGAGAUAGACGUCGAUAUCGUGUGGAACCUCUCGCAAAUCAUUUCGCCUUCGUAUGUGUCCAAAGGUAAGGUAAAAGAGCACGGUGGUAGCGUCGGUAGUGGGGUAGAAAGGAAGGAGAAGCAGGGUAUGCCCCUCAUCGUCAGAAGGUUGUAGGCUUGUAAGGUAGGGGUAGAGCUGGGCGCAGAAGUGGCGCGAGCAGCCCACAUCGGAGAACUUUAUCGAGACUCACCCAGCAUGAAAUAAUUGCAUAGGUCUCAGCGUGGUAUGUGCACCGUCUCAGAUGUAGUCG